AUGGCGCUAAAAGGCGGCAUACCUGAGACCCAGUUCAACCCUCUAUACCCUCAAUUCUAUAACUGGGGUCGAGGACUGGUAGAAGAUCCCACUGAUGGGCAAAAGUCCCACCCAUACUUCGACGAGUAUUGGCAGAGCAAGAUUCCAGCCCUCGAGAAGAUCGAUUGCCCGGCAUAUGUCAUUUGUAGCUGGGGCGACCAUGCUAUUCAUACUCGGGGUACAAUAUAUGGGUACUAUUUCAUCUCAUCCAAAGUUAAGUUUCUUGAGAUCCACCAGUAUCAAAAGUGGGAGUUCGCUAUUAUGGAGGAGUCUCUUGUGCGGCAAAAGGCCUUUCUGGAUACCUACCUUCUUCGUCAUGAAACUGAAGUUCAGUACUGGCCAAAGGUGAGAUAUGCAAUGCGAGAGCGCUAUUAUGUUGGAGAAUGGCGCCACACUGAGCAAUUUCCGCCCCCAGAAACAAAGUAUACAGCCCUAUUCCCGACGCAGUCGAAGGGUCUAAGCCUCAUUCCACAACCUCUGCGCUCCUCAGUCACAUACGAUGCCCAGAAAGGGGAGGUAUCCUUUGACCUGCCAGUGCUCCAAUCCCUCGAAUUCGCUGGGCAUGCCAAGCUUAAGCUGUGGGUUGAAGCUAAAGGGGCUGAGAAUAUGGAUCUCUUUGUUACCUUGCGGAAAACAGACAGACAGGGGAAAGAGGUCGUGUUCCCGUGGCUGACUGUUGUGGACAAUGGUCCUAUAGGGUUCGGCUGGCUGCGGGUUUCGCGGCGGGAGCCGGACGAAGCUCGCUCAAAGCCAUGGCAGCCCUAUCACUCGCACGCCAGAGACCUUCCGCCUCUGAGGAACGGCGAAGUUGUACCAGUGGAGGUGGAGAUACAGCCCACCUCUUGCAGAUUCCGGUCUGGGGACACCUUGCACGUCGUGGUCUCUGGGCAUGACUACCGCCAAGGCGAGUACCCCGAGCAUGCACCUAUUGCACGGCAUACCGACACGGUGAACAAGGGUUCUCACGUUAUUCACUUUGGUGGAGACUACGAUAGUCAUCUUCUUUUGCCUGUCAUCCCGCCAGUUGCCCGAUCUGCCCUGCAACAUCAAAAGCCGAUAAAGAUGUCCGUCAUUGCCCGCAGAGUUACCGGCUGGUCUGACGAGAAGUUCUUAUCUGAGUAUACUGGUGUACAUGCGGAGAUGACGAAAGCAAUAGCCGGCAUAGUCCCUAUCUUGCGGAAUUAUACCCAAGCAGUUGCUUGUCCCGCUUUGCAGACCCAGAACUUACAGACACAACUGAGUAAGCCUUGGGAUUGCCUGACAACGCUAGGUUGGACCUCUCUUAAUGCUUUAUGGGGCUCCUUUCAGAACCCUCAGUACAAGGCCACAGCCGGGCAACAUAUCUUCACGGAUCCUGAGGCGAUUGGCGUUCUGAGCGAACCGGCGAGCGAGCUGAUGUUCGACCCCGUCGCAUUCCGCACGAGGCAGAACGGCGUAUUGCUUUGCCUCCUGUUAGCUAAAUCAGAAGAAUACGAACCUGACUCGAAGAAGCUAGCCGAUGACAUUCUGGCAAGGUCUGAUGCAAUUCAAACGGCCUUUGCAGGGACGAGCCUACUCCGAUACAUUUUCAACAAGGGCGUCACACCAGUUGAUCCAGAUGCUUUCUUUGAUGGCACUCCGUUUAAGACUGCUGGCUGGACUAGCUUUGGAGCGUUGGAGCAGUUUUGGUUUCCAGAUAUCCAGACUGUGGAUGCUGUAUUUAGCAAUGUUGAUUGUAGGCAGGCUAUUGAGACGCUGCCAUCUUCGUUCACUGCAGAUCAAAGCAUCCAACUGCUGGGCCGGGAGAACAUAGUAGUUUCAAAGGACGCAGACUUUUGA